AUGGAUUAUGUUUUUUUCAACUUUAUAGAUAGAUAUUUGCAAAACAAAGGAUGGUGGGAGGAGCAUAUAGAUCGAACCCCUUAUAAUGCAAUCGCAUUCUCCGGUCCAAUUGUUGUUUUUGUUUCUGAUAAACUUCAAGAAUUUAUUGAAAAUUCAACUGAAGCUGGAACAGAAACAUUUCAAUCACUGUUUGGAAAAGAAAAGCCUGGUAGAGUGAGAUGUUAUGGAAGAACUGUCACACCAUCAUUAAUGAAAAAAAAUGAAGAAAUUUCUUUAAUAAAAAAGCAAUAUGAUGGUAAAAUUUCGGACAUGGCACAAAAGAUAGGAGCAAUGGAGGCACUUUUGAAAAGCAUGUAUAUGCAACAAAAUCCACAUUUAACUGAAGAGGAAGUAGAUGAUAAGAUGAGAGAAGUUUUGCACAAUGAUAAUGUUCCAACACCACGCUCAUCGACAUCAACCUAUACUCCUGUUCAUCAAAAGGUUACAAACGAAGAUGAUCCUCAACAUGAACAAGAUGAAAAUCUCCUAGAUGACGAAGAUCUCCAAGAUGAUGACGAUCUUCAAUAUGAUCAAGAUGAAGAUUUUCAAUAUGAUCAAGAUGAUGAUUUUCAAUAUGAUCAAGAUGACGAUCUGCAAUAUGAUGAAGACCGUCAUUGA